AUGCCACCCACUGUUGCAGUCAUAGGUACCUGCGACACCAAGUUGGAGGCUCUUCUCUUCCUUAAACGUACUGUUCAGUCAACUGUCAUCUGCGAUGCUAUCCUGAUCGACAUCGGGUCCUAUCAUCCAUCUGGUUUGCGGGACAUCGACAUUCCCCGCUCAGAUGUGCUGAGGGAAUGUACAACCACUAUCCAUAAUGCAUCUUCCCGCGGAGAAGUCCUGGAGACUAUGACCAUCGCCUUGACGCAACUUCUGGCACGUCUACACUCAACUCAAAGUAUCGCAGGGGUCAUUGGCGCGGGAGGCUCGGGUAAUACGAGCGUCUGCACGAAAGCGUUCCGAGAUGCCCUACCCAUCGGUUUUCCUAAGCUGAUGGUAUCCACCAUGGCAUCGGGGAACGUCGCCCACUAUGUGGGUGAAACGGAUAUCACAAUGAUGUAUUCUGUCGUCGACGUCGCUGGCAUGAAUCCAAUACUAGAAGUUAUCCUAGAAAAUGCAGCACGUGCCAUCUCAGGGAUGGCGAAACAUUCUCUUAUUCGCGCGGAUUUGAAGUCAUCACGCCCGACUAUUGCAGUCAGCAUGUUUGGUUUGACCACUCCCUGUGUGCAGGUUGCAACCCAGAAGCUGGAGGAACUGGGAUACUCUGUAAUGACGUUCCAUGCCACAGGUGCUGGGGGUUUAGCAAUGGAGAGACUCGUCUGCGAGGGCCAUUUUGUUGGGGUUCUUGACAUCACCACUACUGAGCUUGCGGAUGAGCUAGUGGGUGGUGUACUCACCGCUGGUCCUCAUCGCCUUGAGGCAGCAGCAAGAUGUGGUAUUCCACAGGUAGUGUCGGUGGGAGCCUUGGAUAUGGUAAAUUUCGGACCAGCAGACACCAUUCCGAAACAGUUCCAGGGGCGACUGUUCCACCAUCAUAACUCUUCAGUCACUCUGAUGCGCACUUCCCAAGAGGAAUGCUCAAAGCUCGGUCAGAUCAUGGUAGAAAAGCUGAAGGGAGCGCCCACCGAUAAGACACGCGUUAUCCUGCCCUCGCGAGGUUUCUCGGGUAUCGACAAAGACAAAGGUCCAUUUCGCGAUGCCGAAGCAGACGGUGCUCUGCUGGACGCACUGAAGAGUGGUUUGCCGUGUCUGGUGGAAGAGCUUGAUGUGGAUAUCAAUGACCCUUCUUUCGCAUUGAGGGCAGCCCAGGCAUUGCACGAGCUAUUGCAGGCGGACGGACAGUAG